AUCAAUUGAACUUCUUACUUCACAUUAAGAAAUGUGCUGUUAAGCGUAACAUUCCCAUAAGUCAACUUUUGCUUAUUUUUCAAAAGAAUCAAGAAUCAUUAUCAACAAAUAAAAUAAAAUUGAGUGAAAUACCAUUGAAUAAAUGUGAAACCGUCAAAUCUGGUAUAAAUCAAAAUUUAACAAAAAAGAAACUAAAAGAUGAUAAAAAUCAUGACAUAAAGCUUGUCAAAUAUUCUGCUGCGAUGAAAGAAGCUAUCAUGGAAAGAGCACUUGCUUUGACAAAUCAAGAGGUUUGUGAAAAUUCAGUAAUAUUAGAGGAUAAAAAGAUAUUAAAAGCUCAAAGAGAUAUUGACAUGAUUCCUAAGCAAUCUAUAUUUAUGUUAUCUGACAGGUUUAUGCAAAAUAACAAUUGCAAGCUUUGGGAGUUAGCAUCUAUGCCAAAAAAUAAAAAUGAUGCAACAUACUAUAUUCUACUUUUACAAACAAAUCUUUCUACAAAGGAAAAAACACUAUCAAUAGAAGAUAAUUUACAUAAAAAACAAUGUAAUGAAGCUAUUACAGAUACACAGCAUGAAAAACUGAGUAUAUUAGUUGAGUUAGCUGAUGAAACUUGUCAAAGUAAUGGCUUUAUAAGAGAGUCAAAACAAAAUGGAAACCUUUCACAUCUUGAAAUGUUAAGUAAUGAUAUGAAGUUACUUUUAGAAGAAUCAUUAUUUGCUGAUUUUAUAUUUCAUUGUGAUUCUAAUAUACAAGUCAAAGCUCAUCGUAAUAUUCUAGCUGCAAGAAGUGAAGAAUUUAAAAAAAUAACAUGCGAUUGUUGUGAAGUAUAUGUCAGCGAAUAUUCUUCAAUUGCAGUUAAAUUUAUGCUUAAAUUUAUAUACACUGGUUUUACAGAUGUUCCAUUUGAAAAUGCAUUUCAAGUUCAACAACUUUCUCAACGUUAUAAAUUGACUCUUUUAUAUGAAGUUUGUGCUGGAAUUUUGGCUGAAAAUUGUAAUGAAAAUGAUAGCAUAGAAGAAAUUGUUAGUUCUUUUUGGAAUGAUCAAGACAAGCGAUGUGGGAAAAAUAAUUUUCUGACAAUAACACCUGAUCAAAAUGAAGAUGAAGUUGUUGGAGAUUCAAGUAAUUCUGAUUCAGAAAUUCAAGAACUGCAUCAUCAAUUCUUACAAAUAGAAGAUAGGAUUGAAAACAUUGCACGCAUAAAUUAUUCAAAAUCAAAUAUUACUAAACAUUCUUCAGAAACAGUGUUAAGUAGUUCUCAAAGUUUACAUGAUAAAUCACAACAUAUAGUUAAAACAAUCCCUUGUGAAAGUUUAGAUAUAUCUAGUAAGCUUGAAAACAUUUCCUUUAAAUGUCAAAAUACAUCUAGUAAAAAUAAAAAUGAUUUGUAUGUUGAUUUUCAGGUGAUUAAUAAAAAUAUAUCUAAAAUUAAACAAGUUGAAUCUAUAGAUAUAUCUGAUGACGAAUAUGCACCAAGUAAUAACAAUUUAUUUACCCCUAAAAUUGCAUCAUAUGAAACACCUUUACUUAUAGACAGCAAAUCAUGUGUUGGAGAUCUUUUAACAAGAACCAAUAAUUUAGAUAACUCAUCUAUUAGUUUUAAGCCAUGCUAUGCAGUAAACCCAAGAUGCCCCACUCCAUACAAUGCUGCUAAAGUAAACGUUUUAACCUCUCAAAUUUUUACACCUGGAAACCAAACCUCAAAAAUAAAUACUCUAGGAAUCAAAACUUCUCAAGUAGUUACACCUGACUCAUACUCAAAUUUUUGUUUAUUUAACAUGUUUCAGAAUGAAAAUGUUGAAAGUGAUAGUUCUACUAUGGAUUUACUUAAUCCAAUUAAUAGUAAAUGUACAAAAUGCAGUUCUCCUAUACAAAAGAUUAAUGAAACUCCUAAAAUUAACUUUGACAAGACUAUGUCUUGUGACAAUUGCUCAAUUACAAAUUUGCAUUUAAGAGAUAAAAAUAAUGUUUUAACUGCAUUAACACCAAUAAAUUUAAAAUUAAAUAGCAAAAAUGAAAGUGUAAUUUUUCCAGAUGGUGAAACAAGCAACAAUAAAACAAUGAUUAAACCAGCUCUAAGUCCAGCUCGAAAACGAAGAAAACUAAUUGAUCAUUCUAAUUUUGGAAAAUCUAGCUCAGUGGAUCCUGAAGGCACACCUGAUGAAAAAAGCAAAGAUAAUUUUGAAAGUAGUGUAUCCAGUAUUCUGCCAACUCAUCUUAAUAAUCACCCAAAUAAUCAGGAAACAUCCUUUAAUGCAAGCACAAGCCCUUAUUAUGAUGGUGAUGAUGGUGGCUAUAACUCUAUUGUGUUUAAUGAAAAAUGUUUUCAUGAAGGUAUAGAAAAAGACAGCACUAACUCGCAGCAUUUAAUAAAUAACUCUCUUGAAACUAAAAAUAAAUCUAAUGUUGUUGAAAAAAAUAAUAACUCAAAAUCUUUAAGCUCAACAUUAUCUAUAAAAUCAGUUGAUCAGUUUACUCAGCAUGACUCUCCAUUAACAUUUGAGGUCACUACUAAACCUCCGUCACAAAAUAUUGCACCGAAAUCACAUUGUAUAAAAACAUUAGAUAAUAAGAUUGAGCAUUCCUCUAAAAAAAAAGAAUCUUUCAAAGAAAGAAAAUCAUCAAUUGAAAAGAAAUCUUCAAAAGAAAAUUCAAAUGAAAUGAAAUCAACUAAAGAAAAAAAGUUUUCAAAUGAAAUGAAAUCAACAAAGGAAACUGUUACAAAAUCUAAAAGGCCUCUUAAAAAUGCUCCAUCACCAGAAUUUUAUAAUGUUCGUACUGAUAAUAAUAGCACUAUAAAUACUACUGUUGCAGAAAGUUAUAAUAAAUUUGGUCCAGGAUCCUAUAUUCACCCAGAAACCAAAGCAAUAAUAACUCCAAUGCCAGAUUACUCUUCGUUUCCUACUCCUGAGUUAGUAGCAAAAACUAGAUCUUACGCUCUCAGAGAGUUACCAAAGAAUAAAAUGGUGGCAAAGUUAAAAGAAGUAUACAAGUAUCAGCAUAAAUUUAAAAAAUGGGAAGAGGAGCCUCAAAAUAUUAAAGGUAAGCGCGUCACAAGGAGGAAGGCUCAUAACGAAAUUGAUGCAGCAUCUCUUAUAAAAAAAUACAACAACAAAAAAAUGGAUUUAGCAACAAAAAAGAUAGAAAUGAAAAAGAGAUUGAUGUUGUUUUUACGUGCAGAUGAUGCACUUCUUCAAAAAAUCUUGACAUAUGAGCCAUUAGAAAUAACAGAUUUGUUUCAUACUUUGAAGGAACGUUCAAUAGACUUCAACAAAAAAUUUCUUCUUGAGUUUCUUGAUGAACAGUGUAUUUGCUACUAUUCUAAAGAUGAAGUAAAUAAAUGGCGCAAAAAGAAAAAAGUAAAAUAAACAUUUUCGAGAGACUUAAACAUUUUCGAGAGACUUUUUAACAAAUGCAAAAACAAUGCGUAAAGAAACUUCUGAGCAAUGUAAAUAUAUAUAAUAUGCAGAGUGUUAAAUAAUUUAUUUGAGUUUUCAAAAUGUUAAAAAAGAU